AGCUUUGCAAUCGGACACUAGUACUCAAACCACUUUAACAUUUGUUUGUGAGCUUUAAGGUCUCUGGUACCUGCGUUGUCAUCCGAACACUCAACGACUAACUAAAAUCCUCCGCCACCUAUAAAAAUCUCCUCACUCUUCCCUCUUGCUUUACUUUUAUUUGCUCUCUCUAGACUCUACCUAUUUCUCUCCCUCUAGCAAACUAGCUAACGCUGAUCCCACCAUUAAACCUCUGCAUAUAAAUAUCUGCUAAGUUGCUAACUCUCAAAGCCUGCAGGAGAGCAAAAGGAAAGAAAUCAAGAAUUAAUUAUAGCAAAAGGAAUAUAAAGAUGCUAACAACAGAGAGCUCCCAAAAGUACCCGACCAUGCCAGAGGUGGUGGAUGAACUAAAGAAAAUGACAGAUAUAGGCUUCCCAAUAGCAGCCAUGAGCUUGGUGGGUUAUCUCAAAAACAUGAUCUUAGUUGUGUGCUUGGGAAGGCUAGGAAGUCUGGAGCUCGCCGGAGGUGCCUUAGCUAUCGGUUUCACCAACAUCACAGGCUACUCAGUCCUAUCUGGCUUGGCCAUGGGGAUGGAGCCACUUUGCAGCCAAGCUUUUGGUUCAAGGAACCUGUCAGUAGCAUCUGUAACUCUACAAAGAACAGUUGUGAUGUUACUCCUAGCUUCCUUACCUGUUGGCUUGCUAUGGGUGAACCUUGAACCCCUCAUGCUUGCCCUCCAUCAAGAUCCUGAUAUAACCCGAAUUGCAAGUUUGUAUUGCCGUUUUUCAGUCCCAGAUCUUAUUGCUAAUAGCCUCCUGCAUCCUCUACGCAUAUAUUUACGUAGUAAAGGGACUACAUGGCCGUUAAUGUGGUGCACUUUUGUCUCCAUUUUUUUUCACCUCCCUACCACCGUAUUCCUAGCCUUCACUCUUCGUCAUGGGGUACCUGGAAUUGCAAUUUCCACUUUUAUCUCAAACUUUAACACCCUCUUAUUCCUACUAUGUUACAUGUAUUUCACUCGUGUCCCUGAGGAGCCUUUGUACACACAACUUUCACCACCACCGCAACCAUCACAGCCACCUUCUUCACUGGGAAGGGAAUGGGGAAUUCUACUUCGACUGGCUAUACCAAGUUGUGUGGCCGUUUGUUUAGAGUGGUGGUGGUAUGAGUUCAUGACAAUUCUAUCAGGAUACUUAUCAAAACCUCGUGUUGCCCUGGCAACGUCGGCUAUAGUAAUCCAAACCACAUCUCUUAUGUACACAUUGCCUACAGCACUGAGUGCAUCAGUGUCAACCCGAGUAGGCAACGAGCUGGGAGCAGGCAGGCCAGGAAAGGCACGUUUGGCGACGGCAGUUGCUGUAGGACUAGCGCUAUUAAGCUCAUUAUUUGGGUUGGUAUUGACGACUGUAGGAAGAGAAGCAUGGGGGAGAGUUUUUACAGAGGAUGAAGAAGUUCUCGAGCUAAGUAUGAUUGUACUGCCGAUAAUUGGAUUAUGUGAGCUAGCAAAUUGUCCACAAACCACAAGUUGUGGGAUUUUAAGGGGAAGUGCUAGGCCAGGAAUUGGGGCAGGGAUAAACUUUUACUCAUUUUACUUGGUGGGCGCCCCAGUGGCCAUAGUCUUAGGCUUUGUUUGGAAACUAGGGUUCGUGGGUCUAUGUUAUGGACUUCUGGCGGCUCAAAUUGCUUGUGUAGUCUCAAUCUUGACGGUGGUAUACAAGACAGAUUGGGAAAGAGAGUCCUUAAAGGCCAAACACUUGGUAGGCAAGUGCACUGACGCAUUGGCACAUGCAAACCAAGCACUCAAAUCUGAUGAAGAAGAAGGAGUAGGGUUUCUCGGAUUAAAGAUAGCAUAUACAGUCGUUGAUUUUGAAAAGUAAGGAAGAAAAAAUGAUUUUAUUUCAGACUCAUAAUUUUAAAAAAAGUGAAUUAAGCAUUAACAGGACAAAAAUUCAAACUUCACUUUUUAUCUUCAUUGUUUCAUCAAGUGAUAUUGUACUGUUUUUCCUUUACCUUGUCUUUUCUA